ACCUAUGUUGCUGUUGUCCACGUCAUUGUCGUCGUGUUGACAUUUCUUUCGUUACCAUUCAUCGAUUCCAAUCAGUGCAAGAUUCACAAUGUCUGCAACAGCAGGACCUGUACAUGAGAUGCAAGCUCCCCCUCCUUUGGUUUCAAAUUCUGAAAGCACAGAACCUGUUGCGGGAUCAGCUGAUGGUACACCUACAUCUGCAACUGUUCCAACAAUGGGUCUGUCAGUUCAAGGGACAACUGCAUCAUCUUCAUUGCCAGAGUCCAUUCAAUCUACUGUUGCAGCUUCUGGAACUCCUGCUCAAAGCUCAUUAUCCCAGACGGGUUCUCUUGUAAAGCAAAAUGAGCCUGCUCAAGAUUCUGUUAGGGCUAAAUUUACUUCAUCAUCAGGCUAUGUUGUUCCAGCACCGUCUUUUUCUUACAAUGUGGUUCCUCGAAUGAAUUCAACCCCUUCAAAUGCUCAGCAGCCGUCAUCUUCUCCUGCUUUUAAGUGGACACCACCAAUGCCUGCUGCAGCUCUACAACCCCCUGUUCCUGGCCAGUUUUUAGGCAACAGACCUUUUUCAUUCAGUGUAGUCCCACAUGCUAAUGUUGUCCCAGCAUCUGGUCAGCAGAUUCAACUUGAAACCGCUCCUGUACAAGUACAGUUUCAAGGUGGAAGGUUUACUCCUUCCAGUGCUUCCUUGCAACCACCAAUUCCAAGACAACCCAUCCGUGCUGCUUUUGUCCCAGGUGCUGUAUCUUCAAAUUCACCUGCACCUACGCAGUUUCCUUUGUCUGUUCCUAGAGGAGAUGCUACAAAGCAAAGGAAUUUCUUGUUCAGUGGGAACAAUCAACUUUUGACUGCAGAGAAAUCUGAAACAACCCCAUCUACUGAAAAACAGAAUACCUCAGAUGCUGUUGCAAUGGUAACUACUAGCACUUCCUCAAGUCUGGCUAGUUCUUUCUCUGUACAAACGUCUCAUUGUUUGCCAUCUAGUACCUCGAUGGCCCCUGGUACAAGUGUCAAUUCCAGUUCAACAAGCAUGUCGAUUCCAGCUGCUCCAUCUUUUACUGUGCAUGCUGAAAUACCAAGCAGUGACAGGUUCCAAGCAUUUUUGGGAAUUUCUAAUUCUGCUGUGGUUUCAAAUGCUGCCACAAUAAAACCAACAGCCACAAGUUCUUUUUCACCACUGAAGCCCAUUGUUCCUCUUCCUGCUACUCUACCCCCCGCAAUUCCUGUUCCUGUACCAGUUCCUGUUCAUCAAAACCUUCAACAGCCAACAAAUCCAGUUUAUGCAUUACAACCUACAAUGGCUCCAUCCCCUCAAUUCUUCUGGUCGCAUCCACCUCAAGCUGGUCAGAUGCAGCAUGUACCAUUUUCACCUUACCCUGGCUAUCUUCCUGCACCUUUUCCUCAAUCUGUCCAGGGAAUACCUCCUACAGUUCCUUCGGUGUUUGUUCAGCCUCCUGGUGUCUCUCCAGUUGUAUCCCAAGUUGAACCAACAACAGGAUGUCUCCAUCCUGAAAGCAGCUCGAUAGGAGAAUUACCUUCAUCAGAUAUUGAUCAGGGUAAAAAAUCCAUCAUUGCUGACAAGGCAGAAAGAGAUACUAAUAAUGAAAUAGAAAAUGCAUGGACAUCCCACAAGACAGAGACCGGUGCAGUCUACUACUAUAAUUCUAUUACUGGAAAAUCAACAUAUGAAAAACCCUCAAGUUUUAAGGGAGAGCAAGAGAAAGCCACCAACCAGUCAGGUCCAGUUUCAUGGGAAAAGUUACCUGGUACUGAUUGGACACUUGUAACGACAAAUGAUGGGAGGAAGUACUAUUAUGAUACCAAGAACAAGGUUAGUAGUUGGCAUGCCCCAGCAGAGGUUGCAGAACUCAGGAAAGGUCAAGAAAUAAAUUCAACAGAAGGAAAUGAAGCUCCACCAGAGGCUGGCAUGCAAGGAGAUAAAGUUUUUGCAUCUGUUAGUAUUGAUACUCCAGCUGCACAGACUGGUGGUCGUGAAUCUGUGGCCCUUCGUUCUGGACAACCUGUUCCAUCAUCAGCAUUGGAUUUGAUCAAGAAGAAGUUGCUCCCUGAAACAGGCUCUCCGAUAACAUCACCUCAUUCAACUUCUGGCCCUACUGCAUCAGAUACAAAUGGAUUGAAAGCUGUUGAGUCAGCUGUCAAGGGACAAAAGCCUGCUAUUAGUAAAGAAAAAGCAAAAGAUGCUGCAGGUGAUGCUAAUAUGUCAGAUUCCUCAUCUGAAUCAGAUGAUGAGGAAAGUGGACCUAGCAAAGAAGAAUGCAUUAUUAAAUUCAAGGAAAUGCUUAAAGAACGAGGAGUUGCACCUUUUUCAAAAUGGGAGAAAGAACUGCCGAAGAUAGUGUUUGAUCCACGCUUUAAGGGGGUUCCAAGUCAUUCUACUCGAAGGGCAUUGUUUGAACAUUACGUUAGGACACGAGCUGAAGAAGAGCGCAAGGAGAAAAGAGCAGCACAGAAGGCUGCACUUGAUGCUUUUAAACAAUUAUUGGAAGAAGCUACAGAGGACAUCGAUCACAAAACUGAUUAUCAUUCAUUUAGAAAAAAAUGGGGUGGUGAUCCCCGAUUUGAGGCCAUUGAUCGCAAGGAACGAGAGCUUCUAUUGAAUGAGAAAGUGAAGGCUGCAGAUGAGAGGAUAAAAGCCCUACGCAUGGCUGCUUCCAGUAGUUUUAAGUGUAUGCUUCGUGAUAAUCAAAAUAUUACACUGAACAGCCGAUGGUCCAGGGUAAGUUAUUUUUUCAAUAUUGCUUCUUAUUAG